AUGGAACGUGCGCCGGACAUCUUUUCUACAUCGCCAUGCCUCAACUCCACUGCACCUUUUUUUCUGCCAUACGUAACAGGAGGAGUUUCAGCUUUUCUUUGUCUUAUUACGGUGCCGGGAAAUUUGCUCGUGGUUUUAGCUGUUUUCAUUGAUCCCAACAAAGAUUUACGUUCUCCGUUUAUGUACUUUGUUGCAAACCUUGCCAUGGCUGAUUUACUAGUAGGACUGGUCACCGAUCCUCUAUCAGCUUUCUACCACAUGAAGAACGCACUUGGGCUACUUGACUACGAAACACUUUAUAUUCCAUCUGUUCAUAUACCAUUCUUCAUCUCCUGUACUGCUUCAGUACUAAGCUUGGCCGCGUUAACUGUCGAUCGCUACCUCGCUAUUAGUUCACCUUUUCGAUACAGGGCUAAACUGAACAUGAUGCGUGCGGCGAUGGCUUGUGGUACAGUAUGGACCCUUUCACUGAGUUUUCCGUUUGCUUACCUAUAUAUUGGAUUCUAUCACUACGCCUUUCUCUUUGCUAACACUGCUGUGGCAUUGACAUUUCUCGUCCUAUUGUUUGCCUAUAUACGGAUUUACAAAAUAUUUCGUCGUCAAGUGCGCGAAUGGGACAGACUACAUGACAGCACAGAAGAAAAUCGUGUCAAGAAAUGUACCAUGAGAUGGGAGCAAAAGAUAACCAAAACUCUACUCAUCAUGUUAGUUUUGUUUAUUUCAUGCUAUUUUCCCGCGUGCGCUCUCAUAUAUAUUAUCAAUUUGUGUAACACGUGUAAUUGUGACCUUAUUUUGUGGGCUCGUGACCUUCAGUUUUUGCUUAUUUUAGCAAACAGCUCUAUGAAUCCGUUCAUCUAUUCAUGGCGGUUGAGAAAUUGCAGAAGAGCGUUUCUGUGGAUUGUUACUUGUGGAAAGAAAGGGGGUAAACAGCGCCAGUAUGUGUAUUCAUUCGAAAUGCGAAGCUUUCGUCGCGCUUCUACACCCACUCCGUCAUAAAGACAAGAUACUUGUACUGGCAAUUUCGAUAGUUCUGUAUGUAAAGUAUUAAAGCAAAUUUAAAUGUUUAUGUUCAAAAUUGGUAAAUAAAUUCUUAUGAGGAGCACCUAGCUGGAGUCGUAUUAAAGUCGAUCCAGCUUAGAACUGGCUUCUCCCACGCAAACGUUUUGAUGUCUAUCCUACCAGUAGCCCCUCAUUUUCCCUCAGGGAUAGCAGGGCGAGCAAAACGAGAACGAGCGUGAAAAUCGCGCGCUCGCGUUUCGCUUGCUCUACUUUCCUUGAGGGAAAAUGAGGGAAUAGUCGUAAUCUAUUUAAGGUCUUUUAAGGGGAGCUAUAUUUACCCGGCGACGUUUGAAAAAGGUUUAACUUAUUCCGAUGACAUUUACGUUUGGCAAAGCAGCGUCGGAAACUCAUAAGAAGAAUGGCAUUUUACCAUCUAUCAUAGGAUGUAGGGGAGGGUGAUGUUAAGCCCUUGGGCUCUUCCCCCGGCCUUACCCCCUCCAUUCCUCUUUCAGUUUGUAAUAUAAAGUAACGGUGUUUUCGCUAAGUUUGAAAUAACGCACUGGCCUUUACCCUUUGUUUUCAUUCUCAUGUUUAAGGAGCUGUUUUCUUUUUUUUCCUAGUAUACAGUGCAAAAAACGACAAAAAGCAAACAGAGCGAUUUUUAAAAUUGGUCACUGCUUUAUGGCAUAUUCUCUGAUCCAUCAAAAAUAUAUAUCAGUAUAUAAAAAAUAUAUAUUACAAACAUUGACAAACCGCACUUGCAGCAGUUAGCAUAGCUAAUCUAGGCAGGUUGUCAAGAAAAAGAAAAAACAAAAAUUAACUCAACCUCCAUCUUGGUCAACUUUGUACCCAAGAAAACGGAAAUUACGGUUUCACGUGAAAAUGCCUAAAAUAAUUAUUUUCCUCUGACGCUAUUUUUUUUUUUUUUUUUUUAAUGCGAACUGCGUUCAAGAUUUUCAUACAUUUACUUUAACAAAUUAUACUUCCAACAAGAGUGGAAUUUAUCAGGGACACCGAACGAGUGUUUUCUGUUCAAUAUCUGUUAUAAGAAGCAAAAAAUAGCCUACAGCUUGAGGAAGUAAGGAAGGCUAAAAAUUCAUAGAUUACCGUUCCGUUCAUGCACAAUUUGCGAGACUUACCUAACAGAUUCCCCACUAUUUUCUAAAGUAAAAUUUUUCCCAUUUCACUUAGCCUGCGUAGCAAGCGUUUCCAAUCGAGUUAUUGCACGAAAGUUACCCUUCCCCUCCCCCGUCAUUCUUUUUUUUUUUGCUCUUGUCCCAGCUUUCUAGACGAACCUCGCGAGGAAACGCUUGCUACGCAGGCUACAUUUCACUCCCCUGGCAGUGGCUGAUCCAGACCUUCAGAUAAAAGGGGGGGAGGGGCGGCGGUCUAAAAAAAUCUUUUUCCGCCCCUCGGGCCUCAGUUUGGUCCAAAAAUAAGGGGGGGCUCGGCCCCCCCAGGUCCCUCCCCUGGAUCCGCCACUGCCAGGUUAAGCUAUUUUUCGUAGAAAAAGAAAAGUUAAAAUUUUCGGAUUCGAAAAGAGAGAGGGAUCAGAAAAUUUUUUACUUUCGUAAAACUUUCAAUUGCAUCUAAAACUUUCGGGAAUAGUAAUAACGAAGCCCUUUUAAUCUCCAAAAGACUCAAGUACUCCUAGGAUGAUCGAACAAAUACAAAUUUUAUAGCGCCACUUAGAAUACAUUUCUAUAGAUUUAAACAGGCUAUCUAAAAGCACUCUGGGCAGCCUAAAAAGUGUUUUCAAUGUAUUGAGGAGGAAACAGUCGUUGAGUGGCCCUGAUCUAUGACCCCAGAUGCUCUACCACUAACCUUCUAAAGACUGUUGGGAGCUAGGGCCAUUAAACUACGUAUUUAAAAACUAGAUUAACGUGACAAACAUUUUCGACGUCAUUAAACCACCUCUCAAAGACACCAGGGAAAUGUUUAACCGGCGACCUGUUAAAAUGGCUCCAUCACCUAUAUUCGCGGUGUUCCCUGGCUUACACACGGUAACCACCUGCCCCGCCUAGCCAAUUCACAUGCUUAAGGGCUUCGUAAGUCCUACGUUUGGAAUGGAGAGAGAGAGGAACGCAAUAUAAGGAAAGAUUUUCCGAAAUGACUUAUGACAUGGAGUAUAGGCACUGAAAGGGCUCAGAACGUGAGAGUGUUGUCGACGCACGUUUCGGCAAGUACAAAAGUGAAUUACCUUACAAUCAGGAUAAAUCACCGGCUUUUAAUGUUAAUUAAAAGUUAACAGAACUUAACAAAGCAGUCCUACAGUGGCGAUGCUAUUCGCUAACCAACAAGAAAGGAAAAUAGAAGGAAAAGUGAUGGGGAAAAAGACCGACUUUGACAACUGGGAAGAAACUCGGUUGAAUAUAGGCAUGGUACUGCUUGCCUGCGAGCAAGGUCUCCUAUUUGGGUAAGCGACGUGAGCCUCGCCGGCCCCUCGCGGCUUCGCCGCUCGCUCGCGCGUUCUCGCGAGACUCGCUUCACUCGCCCAGAUAGGAGAGCUUCCUCGCAGGCUAUGGUACUGUGCGAAAGCUCACCGGACCAGAGUCACGUCUAAGGUGUAAAUGUUGUUUAAAAUGUGAGAUUAGCAAAGACCAUAAAGGCUGCACGAACUUUCUUUGAACCCAAAAUAAAGGUCAAAAAGCGCAAAUCCUAAGCAAACACUUAAUUACCCCUUCAUAUAAUAAAUAACCACUUCAAAGGACGCCAAAAAUAUCUGAGUAGAGUAAUAGUCUGUAAUGAAGGGUCAACUGUAUACUAGGAACACUAAGAACAAAAGUACUAUAGUACUUCAUAUCGCUGUGCUUUGACAUAAUUGUCGUCAUUCGUAAUUCAUUGAACAUUUUGAUGGCUUUUUCGAUCAUAUUUAUGUCAAUGACAAGACCCUUAGCGUCAUCGAGCUUUCAAAAGAACUCGAUUAACAACAGGUGAAUGUCAACACAAAGUUGAUCAGCCAAGCGUGUAAUACCACGAAACACCAGCAUUUAUAAACAAAAGACAACUAAUUUACGCUAUGUUAACACUGCCAGUAACAUAGGACAAAUGAAAACCAUCGGUGGAAGGCAUAAUCCAGUCUUGUUGUAAUGAAUCAAAUGUGGUUUACUUGAUUUGUACCCGGAGACCUCCUGACGGCAAUCCAUCUUCUUUGGUCAGACAGCUUGAUUAAGGGCCGCGAAACAGGUAGAGUAAUUAUAAAUGACAACCACUUACGAAUGACUUCACAAAAGCGAAGUCGGUUGCUUUGACGAAUAUUGGUCUUGUCUAGUUUCAUUAGUCGGCGUCUCCAGUCUUUUAAAAGUUUCCCUAGGUUAACAAACUAAGACCUGUGCCUACAAGUGCCCACAAGGCCGAGAAGAAAGAGGAAGUACCGGAGAAACUCGAAAACUUUAAAGGCAUCAAACGAGUUGUUUAUAGUCUUUACAAUGUAUAACAUCGUCUGUUUGCGUUUGCAACGUGUUUAAAACCAUCGAACGACAACUGUUGUUAAUCAACUUGCCUGUUGAGACAUCAUACCAGUUUAAGCUGCGGCAUAAACUGCCGUGAGUUGUGUCUUCUAUUAUCGUUACUUCUAGUACUGUUUCACAAAUAGUCUCAAGCCGCCAGAACUGAUCACCAACGCUAUAAACCUUUAACAAGGUUACAUUUUACACUUACGCGGUUCAAAGUGGCACUCGCCAAAGAAACCUGACCGAGGUCUGUCUGAAUCAAUUAUCAGUGAUGGGUUGAUAUUCGACUUGAAGGCGCCGUUUAUUACAGGUCUAAAAGUUGUAAGAAGCGACGUCUACUUGACCAAAAUGAGCGAACCACCAUGGAGACACUAUGCUAGAGGAAUGCUACCAUUGUCACCGAUAGCUAAGAAAAGUCGAGAAGGUAACUGCCUGCCGAACAAAGGCGAUUUUUCCGAGUUGAAAAAAGACGGCGAUGGAGAAGAGUACAAAAGAGAGAAAAGGAAAAGAGGCAUUGUUGUUAACGUUAAGCCUCAUAUUAACAUCAUGCAACAAGAAAAUAGUCCUCAAACCCAAAACAGCAGGAAUGCAAUGCUCAGAAGACUAGCAGAUUGUUUCGCGUACAGACAGAUGACUGCAAAAUAUAGAGCCAAGCGACAUAGCGUUCUGGGGUUUCAUCCACGCUUGUGUACAAUACAUGAAAAUGCAUCUGAACUGGCCAAUGAUUUGGAUGCUACCUUCAAUAGUUUAACCGCAGACGGAGAUUUAAGGGAAUUCAAUACAAAGACCCCUUCCCCAACUACAAAGGCCGAUAACACUUUGUCUACUUUGGAGCGAUGUCCAAGCUUUACUUCCUGUUGCCAAACAAACGAUCAGACAAUUGCAGCGUUACAUGAAGACAUCAAAGAACUUUGGAUGCGGCUUGAAACUGUCGAAAAGGAUUUCGCGUGGGCGAGGGGAAGCCUC